AGUUUCUUCAAACCGUCGUCGUUUCAUACAAUUAAGACUGGUGCUUUCGUCUUCUUCUCCAAUCGAAGUCGUCGUUUUAGAAUUUAGAUACUUUAAACGAGAUCUCUCAGUUUCUUAAUCAGAAAGCAAAGUCGCAUCAAUGGCGAUCACAGAUUUUUUGCCUAAAGAGUAUGGAUACGUGGUCAUCGUCGUCGUUUUGUACUGCUUCCUCAAUUUCUGGAUGAGUUUCCAAGUCGGCGGAGCUCGCAAGAGGUACAAAGUGUUUUAUCCAUCAUUAUAUGCAAUAGAAUCAGAGAACAAAGAUGCUAAGCUCUUCAAUUGCGUUCAGAGAGGUCAUCAGAACUCAUUGGAGAUGAUGCCAAUGUACUUCUUACUUAUGAUACUUGGUGGAAUGAAGCAUCCUUGUAUCUGUGCAUGUCUUGGCUUGCUUUACAACGUUAGCCGAUUCUUUUACUUCAAAGGCUAUUCCACUGGUGAUCCUAAGAAUCGUCUCACUAUCGGGAAAUAUGGUUUCUUAGCUAUGCUAGGACUGGCUGUUUGCACAAUCUCGUUUGCUAUCACCUUGCUUCGCGGCCAAGCCUAGCCUGUCUUUGUAAGUUUAAUGCUUGUUUGUGGCUGGACACUUUGAUUUUAUGUUUUUUGUAACAUACCUCGCAGUGGUUUUACAAUGUCACCUAACCUUGGAAUUCGUCGAUAUACAGUAACGUUUAAGUUGUGUUAAAUUUGCUUAUGUCAUGGAGCAAUAACCUCUAUGGAGAGUAUAUUAUUCCA